UGAAUUAUUGUGAUGUUUUUAUCAGAUGUGUGACUCUCAUUCUGACCCAUUCACUGCAGAGGAUUCAUUGGUGAGCUAUACUUCUCCAAAAUCUGUUCAGAUGAAGAAACUAUUUUCAGCUAACUUUAAUUUUUAGGUCACCUAUUCUUUUAUAUAUAUCAUCAUAUACACUCUACUGUCUUUCAUUGCUCUUUCGAUUCUCCCUGUUUUGGUGCUGUGGAAAAAUUCUGGAUCUCUCUGGACAAAUGUUGCAGAAGUGAUACGCAGUAAAAUGUGUGUCAUGGGGAAAUGCUGCUCCCCUUUUGUGCCAGCUUGAUUGGUACAGUCCAAGCCUCGGUCAAUGGUGUUUAAAAACCUCGAUGUUGCUAGAAUGUGCCUUUUAGAGUGAGGGAGGGGGUUUGUGCUCACAGAGCUGUGGUUCAUUACAGCAGUACAGCAUCAUCACCAUCUGUGUGCAGCAUCCAAGCCAGGUGCGAAGAGUACAGACUAAAGCUCUGAGAUAGACACAACGACUUUUUUAAGUAAGCUAAAUUAGAUUCAAAGCUGAGACCAUGACUCAGGGAAAGGUUUCAGUAGCAAGCAAGUCAAACAAUGACUCAGAUCCUCAACCGAUGGCUCCAGUUCCUCCAAGUUAUGAGGAAGCAACUGCUGGUGGAAGCCCUUGUUAUAGUGGAGCUUAUACUGGAGAUGGUGAGAUGCUCACAGAAUUCAGCUGGGAUGACCAAAACAUCAGGAGGAUAUUCAUCCGCAAGGUGUACAGCAUCCUUAUGAUCCAGCUAUCUGUCACAAUUGCCUUUGUGGCUCUUUUUGUUUUCUGUGAACCCGUGAAAUAUUACAUACAGACCAACCCUGGCUGGUAUUGGGCAUCAUAUGGGGUGUUUUUUGUCACAUAUCUGACUCUAUCCUGCUGCCGUGGACCCCGGAGGCAGUUCCCAUGGAAUCUGAUUCUGCUCAUUAUCUUUACUCUGUCUCUUUCUUACAUGACAGGAAUGUUGUCCAGCUACUACAAUACUAAAUCUGUCAUCAUCUGCCUGGGUAUUACUGCCUUGGUGUGUCUUGCUAUUACUAUUUUUAGCUUCCAAACCAAGAUUGAUAUUACUUCAUACCAAGGUGUGCUGCUAGUCUUCUGCACAGUAUUGUUUAUCUGUGGACUUGUCCUGGCAUUCACUCUGCCCUUUGGAUAUGUUCCAUGGUUGCACGCUGUGUACGCUGUACUGGGAGCAAUACUGUUUUGCAUGUUCCUGGCAUUUGACACACAGAUGCUGAUGGGGAAGAAGCAAUAUACCAUUAGUCCUGAGGAAUACAUCUUUGCCACUCUAAGCUUAUACCUGGACAUUGUUUAUAUCUUCUCUUUCAUUCUCCAGUUGUUUGGAACCCCAAACCGGGAGUGAAUAUGCUGUUAACCUGAAGCUCUAACGGCUCUCCUGAGUGUUUUUUGUUUCUCUGAUCUGAGCGAUCCUGUCUUUCCAGCAUGAUUUGGAUCUUCAGGGCACAUUGUUGUGUUUGAGCCCCUCACCUCAGGUUUUAUGAUGUGCCAUGCAUUUAUCCUGUAGCAUUUAGGAGGUCUUGCAUAUUCAUUGCAUAUGUACACUGGUAAAACUUUAACAACAUUCAGCCAGUUUUACAAAUGGUGUUACAGAAAACAAAACAGAACAUAUUAAAUGCACUGGUGCUGUGAAACCUAUAUGAUGUCAUUAGCAGUGAAAGUGCAUGAACUAGAGCAAAAACAGCAUCAAACUGAGGUGAACCUGUUUAGUAGGAUUUAUCCAUCAGUGUCCACCACAUUCAUCUUUGUGUCUGACCCUGCAAAAGAUUCAUAUGUGAUAUCACAGCAUGAGGACAUUUUAACAAAUCAUUCUGAAAAAAUAGAUAUUGUGGUUUUAGGUUUGCACAUAAAGUAUGAAUCAAUGCAACAUUUACCUUUCUGAGUUCAUUUGUACAAAUUCGAUUGAAAUAAUCAGUGUUUCAAUUUGAAUUUACCAUAAUAUUUCAUAUUCUAGGAAUGUUCUAUUUGGUGAUUUUCACUGCCAUUGUAAAGUCAUUGACUUGAUUGAGAUAUGCUUUUUGAGCAUUAAUUAUAUUGCGAAGACCUUUAUGGGUUAUUAAAUAUUUUACAAAAAAAUUCAUUCCAUAGAGUUUUAAUGUAUUAUCAUUAGCACAGAUCUAUUUUUGAAGACAGUCAGUUGUGAAUGAUUUUGGAUGUGUACAUAGCUUUACAGUGUUCACUAAAAGAGUGCAGCUGGAUUUAAACAGUAUGCAGUGCUACAUAUUAGGUAUUUUCCCCUGUUUGUAGCCUUUACAGUAGAGAUUGUGUAAUAUAAUUUAUUAAAAUGUAUUGAAUAUGAAAUUAUUAAAUGUCAAUGUAUGUUCCAGUUGCAAAUUAAAAGGAUGCAUUUCCUCAGUCAGAGUUAA